CGUGGACGUCGGUUCCGUGCACGGUGCUUACGGGCCGCUUUUGAUUGGCUAAUUUUCGGGCCGCCCUCCUCCUCGUGCCCGCCCACAGUCCUCCCUCGGGUCGGCUAAGCGUCUCUGCCUUUCCCUUCCUGACCCCUAUCCCUUCCUUCCCUCUCCCUCCCCCCUUCCCUGCUACUGCUGCUGCUGCUGCUGCUGUUGCUGCCGCCGCCGCCACCUCCUCUUCGGGAGGAGCUCGUCCGUCUUGGCCAUGGGUUCUCGGGCCUCCACCUUAUUGCGGGAUGAAGAACUCGAGGAAAUAAAAAAGGAGACUGGCUUUUCCCACAGUCAAAUCACCCGUCUCUACAGCCGGUUCACCAGCCUGGACAAAGGGGAGAAUGGUACUCUCAGCCGGGAAGACUUCCAGCGGAUUCCAGAGCUUGCCAUCAACCCCCUGGGGGAUCGGAUCAUCAAUGCCUUCUUCCCUGAGGGAGAGGACCAGGUAAACUUUCGUGGAUUCAUGAGAACUCUGGCUCACUUCCGACCAAUCGAAGAUAAUGAGAAAAGCAAAGAUGUGAAUGGACCAGAACCACUCAACAGCCGGAGCAAUAAACUACACUUUGCUUUUCGAUUAUAUGACUUGGAUAAAGAUGACAAGAUUUCCCGAGAUGAAUUGUUACAGGUACUACGCAUGAUGGUUGGAGUGAAUAUUUCAGAUGAGCAGCUGGGCAGCAUUGCAGAUAGGACGAUCCAAGAGGCUGACCAGGAUGGGGACAGUGCCAUAUCCUUUACAGAGUUUGUCAAGGUUUUGGAGAAGGUGGAUGUAGAGCAAAAGAUGAGCAUCCGGUUUCUUCACUAAUAGAUUGGGACCAAAUUAUUCCUGGCUGUCUUGUAUUUAAGAAGCAGAACUUGAGUUUUUCCUCCCUCUCCCUUCAGAGCCCCUUCUCUCCCCAAGCGCUGCUGCUGUUGCAUGACAAAUCCUGCCCUGUUUGUGCCAGCACACACCUGCCAGCCUUGGUGUUAGAAGCAGGGCACUAAGGAAUGAAUGGUACACCUAGGCUCUCCUGCUCUCUUCGGUUUCUCCCUCCACAGUUCUCCAUCUAUCAAUAUUGCCUUUCCUUUUUGUGCUUCUGUCAGCUAUAAAUCCAUCAGUCAAGAGAGGGAGGGAGGGAAGCACCCCUACCCGUCCCCCAUCCCCCAUCCCCAAAGAGCCAGCAAAGUCCCUCCCCUGAAUGGAGACUGGAGCCAUACAUAUGUUCUAGUCAGGUUUUAGCACACCUAAAUGUCUCCACCUGCAUGUAUGUAACUGCACAGCCAGUCCUUUAGUCUCUGCGUUCCUUUUUGAGCCUCACCCUCUUUGUCCUUCCUUCCUCCAAGCUAUGCCUAUCACAUUCUCACAUCUCUGAUUUGUCAGGGCUUAUAAGCUUGGUGAGGUGGCUUAAUGGUUUUUAACCACCUUCCACCCUUAAAUGGGACUCUAGGACAUUGCCUCCCCAGGAGCUUUUGGGUACCUACCACUCUUCUUUGAAGAAUAGGAACAUUCUUGGGCUCUUUACACUCUGUGUUGUAGUUGAAAGACGGCAGGAUGGAGGCAUCCUUCCUGAAAGUGAGUGGCCAAGGUGAGAAGUGGAGGGUCAAACCCUCUGGGUGUGCUUGCUUAGGGCACCUCACCUCUGGUCUCUGACCUGCAUGAUUACUCGUUAGUACAGUAUUUACCCUUCAGAAACUAGCCAGCCACCUGGAAGCAUGCUAGAUUUCUGGGCAGGUAUUACCAGAAUGGCAUCUAUGGCAAUAUGUAUGUGAGAUUUCUCAUGGCUCCUUGGAAAGGGAGGCAGGCUUAGUGUCCUGAGAUCCUUGGUAUUGACACCUAUAGCAUGGUUUAUACUUCGAUAUUACAACACUCAAAGUAUCUUAUACUUUGAGUGUCCAAGUAGAUAAACUAGUGUUAAGGAAGUGCCUAACUUAACCCAGACCAAGAGAUUUAAAGAUUGUCCUCAGUAUCUUGAAGUUUUGCACACAAAUUCUCUUAAAAAUUGACAUUUGCAAAUGAUUAUGCUGGGAUUCAAAGCCAGCUCAUGUUACAGGUCCAAAGAGAUGAAUGUAUUGCAAAGUUAGCCUCCUGGUUAACUAGUUUCCUAGUCCCUCAUAUAUACUGCACCCGAUUCUUCAGAAACAAGGGGUCUGACACUGAUCGCACAUCCAGAGGUGGGUUUGUAGGCCCGUGAAAAAAGCCAGAGCAACUUCCCUGCCAAAGUCAGCUUAAUUGAGAUUUCCCUGAAUCAGGCUGUGCCAUGCUAACUGUUGUAUGAGUUAAUUCAUUUCUGUAUCUGCCCUGGACUGGCUUUUUCCUGGCUCCUUGCUUGCUUAUUUGCAUCAGAAGACUGAUCAAGAUGUACAUGGGAUUCUUUUGGGAAGGUAGCUUGCUGACCUGUCCUGAAUCAGAAUGCCAGCUGAAAAAGUGGGAUGGGGUAUGAAGUGGUCAGGUGGGGCAGUGUAGAUGCAAAGUGCCAGUGACUUUCUCAUGAGGGAAUGAACCUAGAUCACUGCUCAGAUGAUGUAAUAUAGGAAUUGUAUAAAAGGGAAGAAUUGUCCGAUGUGAUCUGUUAGAGAGGUACUUUAGUGGCUUCAUGACUUGCAUAUUUAAGAUUCUUAAAGGAAAAAAAUGCAUCCCCCCCCUUUGGCUGUAUAGCAAACUGUUUUAAUCCACGGUUGUGCCUUACUGUUCCAUUAAAAUUGUAUUCUUCCAUCCAUCAAUAAAAACUUGUGGUUAAAACAAAUAAAAGA